AUGAGGGCGUUGAGGGAAGCACGAAAAAGGGCUAGCGCUAUGGAUGUAUCUGGUACAGGGGGCGCUAUUGACGAUAUUGUUUGUGCUGAUGAAUUGAGUCAACGCAAGCGAAAGUCUAAAAAGUGCGAGUGUAAGGCGAAGGUGUAUGCUAGUGUUAAUCGUGAAGGAGAAUGGGUAGUGAACGGAGUGGAGUUGGAGCAUACUAAUCAUUUACCAACACCUCGUAAGGCCAACUUGGUUAAAGAGUAUCGAAUUAAGGGGUUAACUAAAAGGGUGAGGAGGAAUUUGUUGAACUACUUUGAUGAAGGUGUUCCUGUUUCGCAAAUUCACGGUUGUUUAGGUACAGAAAUACAAGGGGACCAACGGAGGGUGCAAUUAUCCGUGAAAGAUUUGUCGCACGUGGUUUAUAAGGAACGGAGGUUGAAAAUGGUUGGAGCCUAUGAAGAAUUUGGGGAUGUUGUUUGCUUCGACGCCACAUAUUUGACAAAUGAGUAUGAACUACCCUUUGUUAAUUUUGUUGGGGUUAACCACCACGGCCAAUCUAUUUUGCUGGGGUGUACUUUGGUUUCUCGUGAGGAUUGUGAUACAUUCAAAUGGAUAUUUCAGGAAUGGUUGUCAUUUAUGAAUAACCGGGCUCCAAAGGCAAUUCUUGCUGAUCAAGCUGCCGCGAUGCGAAAGCCUAUUGAGGAGGUCAUGCCUCUUACCCGACAUCGCUGGUGCAUUUGGCACAUGAUGAGGAAGAUUCCGGAAAAAAUCGGUAAAUGUGAAAGGUACAAAUAUUUCAAGGGUUUAUUGAAGGCUGUGGUGUAUGAGAGUUUGACCGUUGAAGAGUUUAAGUGUCGGUGGAAUGGACUUAUUAUUGAUUUCAAACUGGAGGGUAAUGAUUGGUUAACUAGCCUAUAUAAGGACCGGCAUAUGUGGGUUCCAGCUUAUAUGAGAUAUCACUUUUGGGCUGGCAUGAAAACCACACAACGGGUUGAGAGCGUAAACAGCUUUUUUGAUGGCUUUGUGAAUCGACAUACAAAGCUGUUUGAAUUUCCACAAAAGUAUGCUAAGGCCCUGGAGAAACGCGUGCGUGAUGAGACAGCCGCGGAUGCCAAUUGUGUGAAAUAUGUUAGGAGGCUAGUUACUGGUUUUGCCGUUGAGAGGGUGUUUCAGAAGUUGUAUACCGACACCAAGUUCCAAGAGGUACAAGAAGAAUGCUCACGAAUGAUGUACUGCUACUGCAAGGAGGAGAAGAUGUUGAAUAAAAAUACAAUUCAAUAUGUCGUAGAAGAUCGAGUGUGGGUUGUGCCCGAGGGGCAGACUAAGGAAGUAAUUACUAAUCAAAGACGAUAUUACACCGCCACUUUUAACAAGCAAACGAAGGAGGUUUUAUGUGAUUGCCGGAAAUUCACAACUCAUGGUAUUAUGUGUAAGCAUAUGAUGAGGAUACUGGAUCAGAAUCUCGUUUUAGAAAUACUUGACCAGUAUAUUGUUAGUCGUUGGCGAAAGGAUAUCCUAAGAAAACACACUCGAGUUCGGGUAUCGUACCAUGAUCCUAGUGACAAAGUGGAGGUACAAAGGUAUAAUAGGCUAAUAGGUGAGUUUGAAUCAUUGUGCGAUGAAGAAGCUAUGGUCAAUGAUGAGGCUGUGCAAUUGGUGUCCAAUGCUAUAUCUCAUCUGAGGUCAGAAGUGCAGCAGUGCAAGCGUCACAAGUUAGAGGAAAGCGUUGAAAUGUCUUUCCUAGAAGAUGCACUUGACUCAGAAACGGUAGUCCCUGAAUCGAGAAAUGCAUUUUCAAAUGCUAACGACGAAACCGUAGGAUAA